GCCGCCCCUCCCCGCCCGGCCCGCCUCCGUCGCCUCAGUCGCCGCUUGCUCGGCGGCCUCCUGCCUGCUACGACCUCAAGCUUCUUGAGGCCGUCAAUACGCUCUGUCUUACGGCAGACUGAGGCCCGAGGACGGCGGGCGGACGGGUGGGCGCCCUGACGGAUCGGGCGCGGCGGAGCGGGAGGCCAGGAUCGGAGGCCAUGGCGGCCUCUGCAGCCUCCCACCGGCCCAUUAAGGGGAUCCUGAAGAACAAGGGCGUUACCGACCGCUCCUCCGGCCUGCCUCCACCCACCGCCGGCUCCUCCGGGACGCUCAGGCCCGGCUCCAAGCCCGUCGAGGAAGACUUCGGCAAAAAAUCCCAGAAGUGGGAUGAAAUGAAUAUCCUAGCCACCUAUCACCCUGCAGAUAAAGACUAUGGUUUAAUGAAAAUAGAUGAACCCAGCACUCCCUACCACAGUAUGAUUGGCGAGAACGAUGACGACGUCCUGAGUGACUCAGAAACGAACGAAACCCUGUCCCCAGAAGUCCUAGCCCGGAAGUUGACGGCUGUAGAAGGCACUGAACCAAAGUUUCUCAUUCGGGAUGACGAGAGUAGUGAGGAGGAAGAUAACCUGACACCUGAAGAGCAAGAGAAAAGGCGUCAGUUUGAAAUGAAGAGAAAGCUUCACUACAACGAAGGCCUCAACAUCAAGUUGGCCCGGCAGCUCAUUUCCAAAGAACUUCGGGGGGAAAAGGAAGAUGAGGACGACGAUGACGAUGAUGAGGAAAUGAAACCAGGGAGGAGCAGCGAGCGCCAAAGCCAGUCCGAUGUUCCCUAGAAGAGGUUGGAAUCGCGGCCCCGGACCUCCACUCCUUCACAGCUUCACGUUCUCUGCACUUCACAACUUAGGUGUUGAAAUGAAUAUCAAGUGUAUUGCCAAGAAUUUUAAUGGUAACAUGGGCAAGAGACUGCUGGAUGAGGCAGAAAUGGCGGCGGCGAACACCUGGCGCCUACGAUAAGAAGACUCAUGUUCACACUGGCGUUUCCAAGUGGCAUUCCUUUCCUAAGAACACGGGUUAAUUUGUAUAGGGUUUUAUCACUUUGUAUACUUUAAAAGUUAAACAGUAGCUUCCCGUUAAUUUAUUGCUAUAGUUUGAGAGGUGGGAUAUCACGCAUAAUUUUUUUUUUUUUAACCCCAAUGAUAUAGCAAGUAACAGGUUGAUAAAAUCUCAUCCUGAGUAAGGGUAUUAACCUUUUUUUUUUUUUUAAUUGAAAAAGGGAUUGUUUUAGCAAAAGCUCUUCUCUAGCUCUGCCUGAUCUAGCAGCUAAAAUUCUUAUACUUUUCCUUUAGACAUUAAAAGGAAAGCCUGGCAUUUUGUAGCUGUUCCAAAGUAGCUGUUUUCACAGAAGCGUUUCAAGGUUCAGUUUGCACUAACCCCAGCCUCCUACCCUUUCAGACACUAGAUGGGAAGAUUUUUUUUCUUUUUGAGCAGAUACAAAGUCUACAGUCUCUCCACCCCUUCCCUGCCAGCUCCCGUAACGAUGCACAGCAUCGGCAGGUCCUCGAGUUUAGAAUUUCAGUAUGGUCUGAACCGAGCUCACACAGACUCCUCAGACACUCCCCAUUGUAAUCCAUGGGCCACCCCAGUGGCCACUUGGGCUUCUGGUCUACCCGGGCAGCAGGUGGCGUUGUCCUCAGGAAGAACAGUCUUUUCAAGAAAAUAACUUGAGUUUACCUGAAGAAAUCAGUUCUGUUCUCCCCUCCCUGUGAGGAAUUUUCAGCCCCUCAUUAAAUCACUGUUGGAGUGCUUUUUUCUUCUGUCCCUUUUCUGAGCUCCUAGCAGAUCCAGACUGCAUCCAUUUGCAUGACCAGGAGAGGACCGUGUCAUGUGAUUUGGUAGGCUUCCCAGGACUCAGAGGCCGGCCGAAUGUGCUCUGAUCUUCCGAGCUUGAAGUCCUGGAGCUUUCUCUAAGGUGGGGGAUGAAUCUAGUGUGUUUUUUGGCCUGGUGACAGCUUCAUUUGUAGUCAGCUAUCUGUAGGUUAAAUUUGAUCCUUCUGAAAACAGAUUUUCCAUGAUAUGGAUGUACUUUUAAAGAUGUGUGUGUAUCUUGUAUCUAUGAAACAACUCUUUAUUGAGCAGCUUGACUUUGCCACAUGUGACUAUCGAAACAUCAGUGUAUGAGUAAAUAAAACAGUGAAGACUGGAUGCUAUUGGAAGAAUGUGGUACUUCUUUUAAACAUUUUAUGAAACAGAAGUAUUUUUUUACAGUGAGAAUCCAGACAAGACCCUUGGAGCUGCAGUGGCUGUAUCCCAACUGAUGGAAGUCUUGCUGGGAUACCUUCCACUGCUCGUACCCUUCUUCCUUUAAUACAGUGUUACCCUUUUUUUUUUUUUUUUUUAAAAGCAUUCUAGCCCCGUGGGAAGGGGAUUGUCUCUUCUUUGUGUUUGAAAAAAGGUUUUGGGGAAUUUGUUUUUUUAAAUAUCCAAGUUCAUAUGUAUGUGAAAACAGUUGCUUUUUCAAGACCUGAUAUAGAAAAGGUUCUUGGGGCUAACGUCUUAGCUGAUUCUUGACUGCUCUUUAACAAGUCUGGGAUUCUUUACCAGAAGCAACGGGUUUAAAAAGUUAAUUGGAAAACCACUUUUUUUAUUCUAAUCCCUAUCUUCUAAAUUUAGGCAGCCAGAGAAACUUUAUUUUCUCUGUAAAACAAUACAGAAGAUAUCUAUUACUUGGAAUGUGUGUGGUUAAAAUCUGUUAUUAAAUAUGUCGUGACACAAACUUGGCCACGUAUUUUCAUGAAGGGACAUAUUUUCAUAAAGUCCUUGCUGGGUUACUCACAAAUUGCUAUUACAAAGUUAGCAUCUGAAAAAGUACCCGAUUGUAAAUGUACAAAAACAAAUGGAUAAAUAAAAUUUGAAAGACUUCUAA